AUGACUUCCAAUAGGACAACACCACAGCUGCACAAAUCUGAUGAACUGCUAAAAGCCGACGAGACACUGAUCACAUUAUUCGGCCAGGUUAUCGAUAUAUUUGCUUCAGACGUCAACGGUGACCUUUGUCGUAUACCAGUUCAAAGAAGCAUCCAACAACUGUGUGAAAAAGCCCCGGAAACAGCGCAGAGUAUUGCUGCAAUAAUCCAGGAUGGGAUUGCCAAUUCCCGGGGACGCAAGCGCAAGCAUGCCGAAGAUCCUUCGUAUCGCCCACCCAAGCCAAAGAGACAGAGAGCCAGCUCCCUAGCCAGCAUAUCCGAGGGUAACCCAAAUCUCAACGAAACUCCUGGAAUCCAGACCAAAACACGUAGCGAGCCCUCGUCGAAGCCUUCGCCGCUACCUAGUAGCUAUCCACCCAAGGAAGGCGGCCGCAGUGACGAAGAGAAAGGUACAAAGCAUCGCUUCCGCAUCAAGCCAAUCUGA